GGGGCCGCGAGUGUUUACAUCCGCCGGGACUCGCUGUCGCUGCCCGAGGUCGUCCGGCCUCAGGUCCGAGCUUCGCGUCAUGGAUACCAGCGACCUGUUCGCCAGCUGCAGGAAGGGAGAUGUGGGCCGAGUGCGGUAUCUGUUGGAACAGCGUGAUGUAGAGGUGAAUGUUCGGGAUAAAUGGGACAGCACGCCCUUAUACUAUGCCUGCUUGUGUGGCCAUGAGGAGCUGGUACUCUACCUUCUGGCCAAUGGAGCCCGCUGUGAGGCCAACACCUUUGAUGGAGAGCGUUGCCUGUAUGGGGCGCUGAGCGAUGGCAUCCGGAGGGCGCUUCGAGACUAUAAGCAGGUCACUGCCUCCUGCAGGAGGCGGGAUGACUAUGACAACUUUCUACAGCGGCUUCUAGAGCUGGGUAGCCACAGUGACGUGGUGUUUGUUGUGCAUGGAAAGCCCUUCAGAGCGCAUCGCUGUGUCCUAGGUGCACGGAGCACCUACUUUGCCAAUAUGCUGGACACCAAGUGGAAGAACAAGAAUGUCGUGGUCCUCAGGCACCCCUUGAUCAACCCCGUGGCUUUUGGGGCCCUGUUGCAGUACCUGUACACAGGCCGCCUGGAUGUCGGUGUGGAGCACGUGAGUGACUGUGAGCGCCUGGCCAAGCAGUGCCAACUCUGGGACCUGCUCAGCGACCUGGAGGCCAAGUGUGAGAAGGUGUUCGAGUUUGUGGCCUCCAAGCCAGGCACGUGCGUGAAGGUCCUGACCAUCGAGCCGCCGCCAUCUGACUCCCGCCUGCAGGAUGACUUGGCCACGCUGGCUGACUGUGCCCUACCCCCUGAGCUGCGUGGUGAUCUCGGGGAGCUGCCCUUCCCCUGCCCUGACAGCUUCAAUAGUUGCCCUGACGUCUGCUUCCGGGUGGCCAAUUGCAGCUUCCUCUGCCACAAGGCCUUCUUCUGCGGCCGCAGUGACUAUUUCCGGGCUCUGCUGGAUGACCACUUCCAAGAGCAGGAGGAGCCUGAGGCUUCGGGGGGCCUGCCGGCUAUCACUCUGCACAACAUCUCCCCCGAUAUCUUCACCCACGUGCUCUACUAUAUGUACAGCGACCACACUGAGCUGCCCCCCGAGGUGGCUUACGAUGUGCUCUGUGUGGCUGACAUGUACCUGCUGCCGGGCCUGAAGCGGCUGUGUGGCCGCAGCCUGGCUCAGCUGCUGGACGAGGACAGCGUGAUGGGGGUGUGGCGCGUGGCCAAGCUGUUCCACCUGGCCCGCCUGGAGGAUCAGUGUACCGAGUACAUGGCCAAGGUCAUCGAGAAGCUGGUGGAGCGAGAGGACUUCGCGCAGGCGGUGAAGGAGGAGGCCGCAGCCGUGGCCGCGCGGCAGGAGAUGGACUCUAUCCCCCUGGUGGAUGACAUCCGCUUCCACGUGGCCAGCACGGUGCAGACCUACAGCGCCAUCGAGGAGGCACAACAGCGGCUGCAAGCCCUGGAGGACCUGCUCGUGGCCCUGGGCCUGGACUGCUGAGGCGGCCUGGGUGGGC